AUGGAGCUCUCGCCGGCGGGGAGGUGGGCCGACCUCCCCGAGGACAUCGCCCUUGCCGUCGCCUCCCGUCUCCAGGUGGGUGCCCUCCCUCUCACUCGCUCCCUGGAAGAUCCUGCAGGGUUCUCUCUCGUUGACUCCGCUGGCUCCAACCGCGCGCAGGAGGCCGACGUGUGCGCGCUCGGCGGCUGCUCGCGCUCCUGGCGCAGCGCCUGCGACGCCAACUGCGUCUGGGAGCGCCUCUUCCGCUGCCGCUGGUCAGCCGCCUCGGCGGAGGCGUCGGCGUCGUCGUCCCGUGUGCAGGGAUGGAAAGCUCUCUACAUCAGCCAACACAGAAGAAUGGCUGUUGCAAUAUCUAGUGUGGUUGAAUUUGUGAGAAGCAGCUUAAAUAAUGGGUCACUUGAAUCCGAAUACUAUCUUAAAGCUAUUGCUGAUUUGGCCUUGAUACCUGAUAUAGGAUUUCUCGAUGUCCAGUUUUUCUUGUUUUCAAGGAAUCAUAGUGCGAUAAUAAACCUAAUUGGACUGCACUACUCGAUCGCGUCUUUGCAUGUGCUGCCAACUGAAGUCAGUAAAGCACUCCAAGCUCACCGUGUAUCAGAAAGGAUAGUUUGUGUGAACUUGCUCAAGCUUGGUAGGUGGUUCUAUGGUUUCCGGUUGCCUGAUGAAUACGAGUCCCGCAAAAUCUCACUAGGUGAGCUCACCAUGGCUGAGGGAGCAGAGAUUCUUGCCAUUCUUAACCGUGGAGCUGUUCACGAGGUAUUUCAUCUCCGGAUCAGUUUGGUGAACGUAGAUAAGUGA